GAGUUCUUCAAAUCUCGAGAGCCCCCGAGGGCCUGCGAGGGACAAAUGGAACUUUGCAGAGCGGGUCCUGAGGUCCAGAAGCCCUUCUGCGGGAGCCGAGGAGCGCAGUCACAGGGAGCUGCAGCCUGCAGCACUCACUGCCACGAAGUCGGAGACAACUGAGAUACAUCACAGAACAGGCGCUCGACGCUACUCGAUGCAUGCGUUGGAGAGGCAGAGGAGGCGAGUGGGCAGCUAG